GCAUGCACUGGGCCCAAAAAUCAGGGUCACGCUUGCGUGUCACACUUGCAUUUUCUGUGAUCUGGAGGAUGAGAGAGGAACCGAGUGUGAAUAGUGAGUUUGACCUUGGACAGUACAAAGUUAGUUGUUUUGAGUCGACAAGCCAUUUCGAAUUUGGGGAACUUCCGACCGUUGCCGAGUAACGAACCCUCCCCGUAACUAAGACACGAUGGCAAUCUCUCGCGUCCACGCCCGUCAGAUCUUUGACAGCCGCGGCAAUCCCACCGUCGAGGUUGAUGUUCACACUGGCAAAGGUGUGUUCCGUGCUGCUGUCCCAUCCGGAGCCUCGACCGGUAUCUAUGAAGCGCUGGAGCUGCGUGACAAGGACCCAAAGGUGUUUCUUGGCAAAGGUGUGUCGAAGGCACUGGCCAACAUCAAUGACACCAUUGCACCUGCUCUGAUUGCGUCAGGCCUUGAUGUCACCAGCCAGAAAGAGAUUGAUGAGCUGAUGCUGAAGCUGGAUGGAACAGAGAACAAAUCUGUUCUUGGUGCCAACGCCAUUCUUGGUGUGUCGAUGGCUGUGUGCAAGGCCGGUGCCGGUGAAAAGGGCGUUCCGUUGUAUCGCUACAUCGCCUCGCUGGCUGGUACCUCCCGUAUCAUUCUGCCUUGCCCUGCGUUCAAUGUAAUCAACGGCGGAUCUCAUGCUGGCAACAAGCUGGCAAUGCAGGAGUUUAUGAUCUUGCCAACUGGUGCAAAAACGUUCUCUGAAGCCAUGCGCAUGGGCGCUGAGAUCUACCAGCACCUGAAGAAGGUGAUCAAGGCCAAGUAUGGCCAGGAUGCUACCAACGUUGGUGACGAAGGUGGUUUUGCACCAAACAUUCUAGACAACCGUGAAGGUCUUGACCUUCUGCAGUCAGCCAUUGCUGAUGCCGGAUACACUGGCAAAGUGCAGAUUGCCAUGGACGUGGCUGCAUCCGAGUUCUACCGUGAUGGCAAGUACGACUUGGAUUUCAAGAACAAGGACUCAAACCCAGCAGACUUCCUAUCAGGCACUGCACUUGCUGACCUGUACCGCAGCUUUAUCAAGGACUAUCCAGUUGUAUCCAUUGAGGAUGCUUUUGAUCAGGACGACUGGCAAUCCUGGUCCGACCUGACCGGCUCUGUCCAAAUUCAGAUUGUCGGUGAUGACCUUACAGUCACCAACCCUAACAGAAUCAAGACUGCCAUUGACAGCAAUGCUUGCAACUGCCUCCUGUUGAAGGUCAACCAGAUUGGCUCCGUUACCGAGGCUAUCCGAGCUUGCCAAGUUUCACGCGAAGCAGGUUGGGGUGUGAUGGUCAGUCAUCGCAGUGGCGAGACAGAGGACACGUUCAUUGCUGACCUUGUUGUGGGACUUUCCACUGGACAGAUCAAGACUGGUGCUCCGUGCCGAUCAGAGCGUCUUGCUAAGUACAACCAAUUGUUGAGAAUUGAAGAGGAGCUUGGCGAGGAUGCUGUCUUCGCUGGCGCCAACUUCCGUCAUCCGCAGUAACUCCCAGCCCAACCAUUUACAACAACUGCUUCCUAACGUUUGCACAGCUGCUCAUAUUUUCUUAGCACUGCUCUGCGUACAUCUAUAUGUAUGCCGAUCCUCACACCUGGUGUUGUCUGGAUCUUGUUUAGCAAAGUGUCUUGCACACCAUGACAAUGAUAACUAAUAUCAACUUUAGUACGAUGCUAUUCCUAUUUGCUCAACCAUGAUUAGGACCUUUCCUUAUUCAAUACACCCUGUAAUCAGUUGCCAUGCCUUGCAUGUGACACAGUAGAACCGUGCUGGGUCACGUCCAUCUCUCUGAACACACGCAUCUAUCUUCUUUCACACGUGACGUUUCUACUUUGAUAGACGCAACAUACCAGUCUGUCUCGGAAUGCAGAAA